AUGUAUGAACUGAUCAGAGACGAAAUUGACAUUGAUGUAAAUGCGGCCAAGUUCUACACAGACAGUAAGAUAGUUCUCGGUUACAUCCACAAUGUCACCAAAAGAUUCUAUGUGUAUGUUGCCAAUAGGAGCCUCACGCAGAUGCAGAGAUUCGACCAGACGUCACUGUCUUCGCCCCUAAGGUUUCUGGAGCUCAACUCGGCUCUCAUCGCUUUGAGAGGUUCUCAAGCUGGAAAGCUCUCAAUCGAGCCACAGCACGACUCAUUCAUGUUGCCAGAUCCUUCCACGAAGGUGCGGACAACACCAGCUGCAGAGGCUGGCAUGACUGUAAUAAACCAUGCGGUACAAAGACCCACAGGGAAGAGAACUCACUGCUGCUCUGACUGUGGGAAGAGAUUCACCUCCUCAUCAGGCAUUAAAAUUCAUCAGAGAAUCCACACAGGAGAGAAACCUUGUAGCUGUGGUCAAUGUGGGAAGAGUUUUAGUAUAUCUAGAGAUCUGACAGUGCACCAGAGAACACACACAGGAGAGAAACCGUAUAGCUGUGGUCAAUGUGGGAAGUGUUUUGGUAGAUCUGGCUCUCUGACUCUACACAAGAGAACACACACAGGAGAAAAACCUCAUAGCUGUGUUCAGUGUGACAAGAGAUACUUUGAUGAAAGAUCUCUGAUCAAACAUCAGAAAAUACAUACAGGGAAGAGAACUCACUGCUGCUCUGACUGUGGGAAGAGAUUCACCUCAUCUGGCAUUAAAAUUCAUCAGAGAACACACACAGAAGAGAAGCCUUAUAGCUGUGUUCAAUGUGGGAGGAGUUUUGGUCAAUCUGGCCAGCUGACUAAACACCAGAGAAUACACACAGGAGAGAAACCUUAUAGCUGUGUUCAAUGUGGGAAGAGUUUUGGUCAAUCUGGCCAGUUGACACAACACCAGAGAAUACACACAGGAGAGAAACCUUAUAGCUGUGAUCAAUGUGGGAAGAGUUUUGGUAGAUCUGGAGAGCUGACAGUGCACCAGAAAACACACACAGGAGAGAAAUCGUAUAGCUGUGGUCAAUGUGGGAAGAGUUUUGCUGCAUCUAGCACUCUGACUAUACACCAGAGAACACACACAGGAGAGAAACCUUAUAGCUGUGGUCAAUGUGGGAAGAGUUUUGGUCAAUCUUGUCAUCUGACUCAACACCAGAGAACACACACAGGAGAGAAAUCCUAUAGCUGUGAUCAAUGUGGGAAGACUUUUGGUCGAUCUGGAGAGCUGACAGUGCACCAGAGAAUACACACAGGAGAGAAACCUUAUAGCUGUGAUCAAUGUGGGAAGAGAUGUACUACAUCUGGCUCUCUGACUCUACACCAGAGAACACACACAGGGGAGAAACCUUAUAGCUGUGAUCAAUGUGGGAAGAGUUUUACUACACCUGGCAAUCUGACUCUACACCAGAGAACACACACAGGAGAGAAACCUUAUAGCUGUGGUCAAUGUGGGAAGAGUUUUGGUGGAUCUGGAGAGCUGACAGUGCACCAGAGAAUACACACAGGAGAAAAACCUUAUAGCUGUGGUCAAUGUGGGAAGAGUUUUGGUAGAUCUGGCCAUCUGGUAUCACACCAGAGAACACACACAGGAGAGAAAUCUUACAGCUGUGAUCAAUGUGGGAAGAGAUUUGGUCAAUCUGGAGAGCUGACAGUGCACCAGAGAACACACACAGGAGAGAAACCUUAUAGCUGUGAUCAGUGUGACAAUAGAUACUCUGAUAAAAGAUCUCUGAUCAAACAUCAAAAAAUGCAUACAUGA